GCUAGCAGAAUAUGCUAACAAAGUAGUUAGCCUGCUAUUAAAACUAACAUCAACAAGCUGGAUGAAUAGGAUCAAAACCAAUAUAACCAGGGAAAAGGACAUUGAGCAAGAAUCUGGAAGAAUAAGGGAACUGAAUAAAGAAGAUUUGGAAGGUAGGACACUUAUAUAAUCUAUCAAAAACCCAAAACUUUACAACUAAUUCACAUCAACAAAGUAGGCCCUUCAGCUCUGCACCAGUAACUGACAGCAGAGCACAGCAACCGGCAUUUUUUUCAGUUGGGAAAGAGUGGGAAAAUGGAUACAUUUCAACAGCAGCAUAGUGGGAGAAGCUUACGUUGCUUAGCAAUCCACUACCCUGACGACAUCACAAGUGAAGCAGGGAAAAAAAAGUACAGGAGCAAACUGCUAAAAGAUUACCCAGAAACACUGAGAGCAGAUUACAAACUGCAAGGCAACAAAGAAAUUCUAACAGACCUGCUAUUCUAUACUGAGCACCCAGAGGCCUGGCAUUCUGCUCUUCAUGAAGACUACAGGCAAAUGAAAAUGAGUGGCAACAAAUCAAUUUGUCAGCUAUAUAUGGACACUGUACCUAAAUUUAACAUAAAUUUCUAUAAUACGGGCACUGUAAUGGUUCAGGGAUCAAUAACUAAAUUAGAGGAUUUUGAAAAAAAUUUUGAUCGACUAAAAACCCUUGCUAACGGCAAAAAGGCUACUAAAACAGCACCAGGUGCACUGGCUUCCCUAAAUGUGUCAGCUGCUGGAACCACUGCUCCAGCCUCCCCUGUGCACACAGCCUGUAGAGCCCCUCUGCCAGCCUGCUCUAGCGCACACAGAGCCCACUGCAGCCCACAGACACUCAGGACACCAGCGUCAGUGCAGCGCAUUCAGGAGUGCCUCUCCCUUCUAGAGGUGGAGAUUACUGAAUUCAGAGAGAACAAAAUAUCAGAGACGGACAUUAUUGAACAGCUAAGAGAUGACAUGAGGCUAUUUAAAGAGGAGACCAAAGCAACAAUUAGACAGUUAGGAGAAAAUGUAAGUGAGCUUCAAAAAGCAAACACAGUUCUCAGACAUGACCUGCUUAAAGUGAGAGAGGAGCUGCAGCACAAAGACUUACACAUACUCCAUCUGAGGGAGCAGGUGCAUAGUAUAACAGCAGCGGAGCAGUCCGUGCACAGCCAGACCACAGACACAGGCUCACAGACGGAGACCAAUAGCCAAACAGAACCACAGACCAGCCUAGACAUUAAUGUGGACCCCAGUCCCCCCAGCCCUCCACAGGACAACACUGCUCUUCCAGCCUCACAGACAACCCCGACCAAUGCACAGCCAGUUACAGAAGAACAGAGACCAACACGCCAUAAACAGCCCCCUAAAACUGCAAUACUUAUUGAUUCCAAUGGCAAAUUCUUCAACCACAGGCAGCUUUUCCCCCGUCACAGCGUUGGAAAGUUCUGGUGCCCCCACACAGACAGUGCACUCCAACUACUCUGUCAUGAACGCCUGGGAGAUCCUGACAACAUCAUAAUCCACACAGGCACAAAUGACUUGCGUCACAAAGGGCAGAAUGCACCAGAAGCAGUGAUUAAGGUGGCUAAAAAAGCACAAAGAGAGUUCCCAAGGGCAAAAAUCACCAUUUCCACAUUGCUGCCACGGACCGACUUCCCAUUCAACAUAAUUACCAACAUAAACAGGGAAAUCACCACAGAGUGCACAAAGUUGACCAACGUAAACAUCGCGCAUCACCCAACUCUGACACAUGAGCACUUAUACAACCAUGUCCACCUCGGCCGUGACAGUGUAUGGAUCUUCGCAGAAGACCUGAGAGAGGCAGCAACCGACGUAAGUCCUUCAGCUCCACAUCUCACUAGAGGGACAGCACAGCCCCACCAGAGACGACAGCACAUGCCACACCCAUCAAAGGAGAGAAGAAUCCCGCCAGGAAGAGCCCAACCCAGUGAAUCCCAGGCCAGCGGAACCCAGCCCAGCAGAACCCAACCCAGCGGAACACGACCCAGCAGAACCCAACUCAACGGAGCCCAGUCCAGCGGAGCCCAGCCCAGCAGAACCCAGCUCAGCGGAAUCCAGCCCAGCGGAGCCCAGCCCAGCAGAACCCAGCUCAGCAGAACCCAGCUCAGCGGAACCCAGCCCAGCAGAGCCCAGCCCAGCAGAACCCAGCUCAGCAGAACCCAGCUCAGUCAUCCCUCAAACAGAAAAACAUAAGGCACGGCAGGGAUUCAGGUGGGAUUAUCAUAUGGUACAGAGAUGAUUUGUCAACCCAAUUAGAAGUAAUUAAAAAGGCAAUAACACACAUCUGGCUAAAAUUAAAUAAAAAUAUUAUCAAAUGUGAUAAUUACUUAUAUAUAUGUGCGGCCUACAUUCCCCCUUUGGAGUCACCGUACUACAAUGAAAACUUUUUUGAAAAUCUUCAUAAAGAGAUCACACAUUACCAGGCCCAGGGUAAUGUUCUAUUGAUCGGAGAUUUGAAUGCCAGAACAGGAUCUGAGCCUGACAUAGUAGAUUCUACUGGAAAUAGCCACAUCUUCAGACAGGCCUCUCUAUACUUCACUCCUACCGUUAUUCCCAGAAAUAAUCCUGACCAUAUUUGUAACAAAAAUGGGAAAGAGUUAGUGCAUCUCUGUCGCUCCCUAGGUCUGUACAUGCUUAAUGGCAGGAUCAAAGGGGGCACUUUAGGGAGGUUCACAUAUUGUUCAGCUCUUGGGACUAGUGUAGUUGACUAUGACAUUACUGACAUGGACCCCUCCUAUAUUAGUGCAUUCACUGUCAGACCACAAACACCACUAACAGAUCACUGUCAGAUAAAUGUAUACCUAAAAAGAAUUAUAGAACAAAUAGCAGAGUCUGAGCCCUGCAAACUGUACAGAUUAAACAGGUCAUAUCGAUGGGCUCCUGACAGUGAAGUCAAAUUCAAAAGUGUAAUCAGUUCACCUGAAACUACUAACAUUAUUAACACCUUUCUCUCAACAGAGUUCCAGCAAAACCAAUUAGGCAUAAAUAUGGCUGUAACAAAAAUUAAAUCAGCCAAUAAAGCAGGUCUUACCAAAAACAGCUCUGCAUCCAAACAGAGACUGAAAAAAGAAGAGUGGUUUGAUGAGGACUGCAGAAAUACCAGGAAAGAAUUAAGACUGCUAUCCAAUCAAAAACACCGCCAGCCACUCAACACAGAAAUGCGACAAAAUUAUGUUGAAAAACUAAGAGAGUACAAAAAGACCCUAAAGAAAAAGAAAAGGAUACAUUAUAAUCAAAAACUACAAGAAAUUGAAGACUCCAUUGAUCAAAAUCAGUUCUGGAAAAAAUGGAACAAAUUGAGCAAAAAAAAACCAGACAAUUUGGCCUUACAAAAU